AUGGAAGGGAGAUGGAUUGAAGGGAUUAAGAUGGUGGAAUUUAUUAAUAAUCCAGCAGUAAUGGAGACUUUUGUGGAUAUAUUGGUCUGUGCGGUGCCGAUUUGGGUGGCGGUGAUGAUUGGGUUAGCAAUCGGGUGGUCCUGGAGACCGCGGUGGACCGGCUUGGUAUUUCUCGGAUUUCGGUCCAAGUUUCGGUUCAUGUGGACUGCGCCGCCCGGGUUUGGGGCACGACGGUUUUGGCUAGCGUUCACGGCUUUAUCGGCUUUUUCGGUUUGUCGUAGGCUUUGGUUUAGCUUCAGGGGGAGGACCCGGAAGGAGGAGGCAUUGGCUCAGGAGCAGGCGGGUUCAGGGUCGAUUUCUGGUACGGUUCCAGUUGCAGCGGCUAAGGAAUCAGAUGCUGUAGCUGAUGCCAGCAGUGGUGAGAUCAGGCCUAGUGGAAGUCCAGAUGCUGAAAAGAAUAGUGUCACAGAGAAAGAUCUAGAACACCUGUUACAUCUUCUGGAUGGGAAAGAUGGGGAAUUGGUUUGGCAAGGUAUGAUGGAGCGCUCCACAUCAAACAUGACAUACCAAGCUUGGCGUCACGAGCCCGAGGUUGGUCCAAUAAUGUACCGCAGCAAAACUGUUUUUGAAGAUGCAACUCCCGAGCUGGUCAGAGAUUUUUUCUGGGAUGAUGAAUUUCGGCUUAAAUGGGAUCCUAUGCUUGCUUACUUCAAAAUAUUAGAAGAAUAUCCUAAUACAGGAAUGACGAUAGUCCACUGGAUUAAAAAGUUCCCUUUUUUUUGCAGUGAUCGAGAGUAUAUCAUUGGUAGAAGGAUAUGGGAAGCAGGAAGAAAUUUUUAUUGUGUGACUAAGGGGGUACCAUAUCCAACUAUGUCAAGGCGUGACAAACCUAGACGUGUAGAUCUUUAUUUCUCGAGCUGGAUCAUCAAACCCGUCCAAUCGCGUAAAGGAGAUGGUCAGUUAUCUGCAUGUGAGGUCACACUUAUUCACUAUGAAGACAUGGGAAUCCCAAAGGAUGUUGCCAAGUUGGGUGUUCGACAUGGAAUGUGGGGAACUGUUAAAAAGUUGCAUGGUGGCUUCAGAGCAUAUCAAAAUGCUAGAAAAUCCGAGUCAUCAUUGUCCAGGUGUGCUUUGAUGGCAAGAAUCACUACAAAAUUUUCGCCCAUUGAAGGAAAUAAUCUUCUAGAACCUGGUGCGGGUGAGGAAGAGAGAGAUGUAGUUGUGAAGACUGAGAGACAAAGGGAUUGUGGUGGAAUUGAUUGGAGAUGGAUGGCUAUUGGUGGAGCCGUUGCUCUUGUUUGUGGACUCCAAACAGGGCUGAUAGGAAAAGCUUUGUUGGUUGGAGCAGGGCAAAGAGUUGCUCGGAGACGAUAA